GGAUUGUUCUCUCUCUCACUCUGCUGAUUUGUUUUUUGUUUUGUCGAAAAUAAAUAAGACUGUAUAAUUUAUAUCUGAUUGAUAUUUGAAUUCGAGAGGUUACUGAAAUUUCCAGGAAAGAUCAUUCGUAGAAAAUACAUAGAAGACGACUUCGAUCGAUCUUCGAAUCCAGAUUGAUUCCGACGAACUCGCUCCACGAUUUAUUGACUUUGGCCCUUUUCUGUUCAUCCGACUAAGAUGAACGGAGGUCCUUCUGGUUUCAAUAAUGCUCCGGUAACGAAAGCAUUCGUCAUCGCGAGCGCCCUUUUCACUGUGUUCUUCGGGAUCCGAGGAGGUCCUUCCAAGCUCGGCUUGUCUUACCAGGAUAUUUUUGAGAAGUUCCGGAUAUGGAAGUUAAUCAUAUCGAAUUUUGCAUUCUCGUCCACACCAGAAUUGCUCUUUGGCUUGUAUUUGCUGUACUACUUCCGAGUCUUUGAGAGACAGAUUGGUUCAAAUAAGUACUCGGUUUUCAUCUUGUUCUCUGGGUUUGUGUCACUAACACUACAAAUCAUUUUAUUAUCACUGUUCAAAGAUCCUACGGCAAACCUACUGACAUCUGGACCAUACGCCCUGAUAUUUGCUUCCUUUGUACCCUUCUACUUGGACAUUCCAGUUUCUAAGAGGUUUAAUGUAUUUGGUGUACACUUCUCUGAUAAAUCAUUCAUCUACCUUGCUGGUGUCCAGCUUUUACUAUCAUCUUGGAAAAGAUCCAUGUUUCCUGGUCUUUGCGGCAUAAUUGCUGGUUCCUUGUACCGAUUGAACAUCUUUGGUAUCCGCAAGGCAAAGCUUCCGGAGUUCAUGGCUUCAUUCUUUUCCCGACUUUCUUUGCCAUCCUUGAGCAGCCAUUCUCAAGCACCAAGAAGGCCAUCACCCAACUUAGGUCGCCAGGCAGUGAGAUCUUAUCGUGCUCCAAUGCCGUCGUCAAGUAUAGAGCCAUCUGAGGAAGCCAUAGCUACUCUAGUAUCUAUGGGAUUUGACCAGAACGCAGCAAGACAGGCCCUUGUACACGCUAGAAAUGAUGUCAACGCAGCCACCAAUAUCCUUCUUGAAGCGCACUCUCACUAGACUCAAUAGGAAAUUUUCAGAAACAUUGUUGAUUCAAGAUGCAGACGCCAGAGGUAUUCUUAGGGCCGUGCCUACUGAAGACGUUAAGAACAUUCGCCUACGUUAGUCAAUUUGUAUGUAAAAGUUAGAAAUUAAAUUUGAAGAUAUAUUAGUAUAUACGGUUUAUGCUAAGUUUCUAUAUUCCUGAGCUUUGAUUACAAAACCAAUUCUCCUUUGAUAAGAAAACAAAAGAUCAAAAUUACAUUUCUGAUG